AAUCCUCCAAUCCUGUGGCGGUCCAUCCCCACUCCAUCCAGUCCCCCUCUUGUUGGAAGCAAAGCUGGAGAAUACCUGCCUCCCUGUUUUUUUUUUUUUUUUUCCUCUCAUGGAAGUUGAGGAGAAGGGAGCUUAUUUCUGGCUAUGUUUUCCCUCCUCAUCUUUACUGGAUGUUGAGGUCCCCCUUUCUAGGAAAGGAGAGGCAGGUUUGAAUGAAUAAGGGGGAACACCCCAAAGAUGUCAAAAUAAUCUAUAUUUACAUUUUAUAUGUAUGAAAUUCCAUCCUUAUAGAUGUUCUGGUGAGUAUUUUAAGAGAGUGUAACUUUUUUUUCUGGACAUGUGGAUGAAUUUUAUAACUGUAGUGGAAUGAAGAGAAUGUGCAUUUUGCUCAUUUAUUGCAAGACUUGAAUGAUUCUUGGAAAGAAAAAAAGACGGCUACUGUCUAUGUUUGGAUUUGUAAUUGCUUUUUUUUGUUCUUCUUGUCCUGUUUGACAGGUCUUUCCACUUAUUCUCAUCACGCUGGUCUCUUGUAUCAUCCAAUCAGCUCCUCAGGCGCUCAUUUCUUUUCCAGGGUUCCCCAUUAAUGGCUUAUUUUGCAUCCCCCGCAUUUGUCUCCCAAUAACGCCAAAUCCCUGACAGCUAUAAAGAUAAAUCGAUAAAUGUAUAAGAUGUGAGUAAAUAUACUAGUUUCUAGUCUGUGGUUUUGUUCAGUGGCUUGUAUCAAACACAUUUUCCAAACCCCACUUAACCUCUUUUUCAUAGUCAUGCAGUAAUCACCACAUUAAAUACGCAGCAGUCUUACCAACUUUCAAAUAUGCAAAUGUGAUCUGCACUCCAGCUGGCACAUCAUUUGAAAGAAUGUUCGAAUCUCACUCCCAUUCAUCUGGAUCAGCCACAGGAUUUUUUUUCCCCCUUACUAGGGCAACAUAUUUGGGCUGCAAGGCACGUUUCACGAGAGAACCGAGCAGUCCGAGUGAAGUUAUAGGUGGGUGUUUGGAACGCUGUCACAAACCGAGCUGCAAGUAUCAGUAUCAACCAAACAUUACCCGCUACACACUCGAAACAACCCAGAUGCCUCACUUGAACUCUAUUUUUCUUUCCUAACCCGCUGAAAGUGAAAAUCAAUUCCAUGGAAGCUUCCCAGCAUAGUGACCCCUCUACCAACCUCAGUAACCCUAACAUGUGGUUCACUCUUUCACCUCAUGUGGUGGGGUGACUGAGGCAGCCAGUGUGCAAUCAAAGGUAAUGGGAGGGCAAAGUGCAUGGGUACAUAGAAUGCAGGAAGUCCACAGAGAGGACAAUAUGUGGGGAGGGGUGGGGCUUGGCAUCAGCAUUCCCCCAUCAUGCCAUUCCCCUCCCAGGACAGUCAACUGUGCAAAGCACUGUUCCAACACUGUAAUUUGAACUAAAAAUAUUGGACUCUCUUCCUCCUUCCUUUUCUCUAAAUACUGUGGCUACUUUUUUCAAGCCUGUGGUUCACCGCAGUGGUCGUUCGCCGCUAUCAAAGCGUACAUAUGCAGGACCUCUCGAUGAUGUACUCUUAUUUGACUGCCAUCGUGGCACAGGCCCAAAAUGCAGUUCUUUCAUUGAGUAUGCUCAUUAUAGACCCUCAAGGGAAAUUCAACUCUGUUGCAUAUUGAUGCCUUGCUCAAAAGCACAUCAAGAGUCAUACAGUCAAUAUUAAAUAUGCUCCAAAAAAGGCAACGUUCAAUUAAAUGUGAAUAGUCAUCAUUUAAAGAUCAUAAAUGUGGUUAAAGUUUUCCGCUGAGAAGGUCCAAAUGAUAUUUAGAGGCAUAUAGGUUGCAACAUGUUCCAUGAACACGAACUGGAAGUCAUCUCCAAACCUCAAUCGACUAAAAAUAUGAUGUACAACCGCGACAUCGUCUGACAACGUCUCCAUACAUAUCAUUGAAAUACAACAUCUGCGCUGUGAUCGUGGUUAACAUGUAACAUGAUAGCGCUCAGAUGAGAAUAUCUUUUUGGUACUCCGCUUUUUUCCCCGUCUGCGAGCUGAACGAUCUGCUCUGCAUCACCGAACACAGCAGUUGUCAGACCUUGCCAAGUCUGAUUUGUUGUCCAGACAGUCAUGUUUUCAGUGAUUGGGGGUUCCAUGACAGCUCCUUAUGUGAAACUUCUUUGGGUGUUCUGCUUGGGAGAUUCUGCUUUUUUAAAUUAUCCUCUUGGAUUUGAGGAUAUGACAACAGUCCAACGUACAUGGUUGGAAGAUGAUCACUCUGGUCAACUCCACUUGAUCCAUAAGUGGAACUCUGCUUGCAGUUGCAUAUAAAUGCAUUUUGCACAUUUUCAUCCUCUGAAUGGACCGCAAUGCCAAAGACUGUGGGCGCCUCUCCUGUGCUGAAUUUAAAAGAAACGAGAGAAGCUGCGUCAAUUGGCUUAGAAACAAGUUGGCUGUGUUUACUCCCACAAUGGUACAAAUGCCCAUCCCUACUUAUUUUAAUUGUGGAAAAAUGCAUGUGUCGUUUAAAAUUCCGAAUUGUCACACAAGUGGCAAUUUUCUUUUCUUAUAUUUUUCUCUCAUAAAGUAUCAACGAUAGCAAAGAAAAAGCAGACUAUGAUGCUCUCACCAGAUAAACUGAGGUCUCAUGUGAUGUCACGGAUGAUGGCAAUUCCAACUUUGAUGCAAAUUUUUCUUGCAUAUUUCAAGAUUCCACUGUCCUGCAAAAAGACAACACAAAGGUGGUUAAAAAAACACAAAAUCUUUUGCCGCUAUAUGUCUUUUUGCAUGAUGCAGCAAAAACAGAUGUCAAAGACUUGCUGUGUUGAAUUAUGUCUGAAUAUUUCACAAGACAUGCUGCGAGGAAUGUGCCUAUACAAUAAAUACUAUACGUCGUUUGGUUAGCGGUGAUCCACUAGCGGGCAAUUGAGGGGGGGGGGGGACAGGUUUGAAUCAUAGGCUGCUUCAACCGACGCUGCUGUUUCAAUUAUAAAGUCAUGUAAUAGAGCUGCCCUUCCAACUAGAAUGUCAUCCGAGGGCAGAUUUACACCAGUAAUUUUAGAAAUGCCCCACUACGGACUGUAAAUCAUGUUCGGAUGCCCUAUAAAAGUGCACCGCCGUGGCAUGACACAGCAUAUUACAAACAGCACAAGUCGUUUCAAUACCAGGGUUGGUAUUUUGAUUCAAGUUAAGUGAAACCGUAAAGCGCAAGAAGGGACCUCAGCUUUGUAAUCUACACAGUGCAAUAUAUCAUUAAUAUGCUGCAAGGUUGGCCUCAGGAAUGCCAUGUUUGUGGGUGUCCUACCCCUAAAGGUUCACUGAAGAGGUCCAAACCUUGUCAUUACAAUUCCAAUGAUAAUGACAGAUUUGAAAUGUUGGGGGUUAUUUCAGUUUUCUCUCCUCACUGUCAUAGUAAUUACCUUUAAAUUUAGUCUUCAAACUCUGUUCGCCAUGCUAGAGCACUAUAUGAUCCACUUAACUGUAGCUACGCCCAACACUUUUUGCAAUAUCUGGAGCAUGGUUUUUGAUGAACGGCCGGUGGGUGAGUGACAUUUAACAUUCUCUGAAUUCGAUGACGAGGUCGGCUUGCAAUUAAUUAUAAGCAACUACAUAGUCUUUACUGAACCAAGGCACUCAAAGAAAAAUGGCAUGUAAUGAUUUAAUUUCAAUUUACUUUUGCAGUGAGCCACAACACAGAUGAGAAGACAUAAUGGGAUGGGAAGUGGAAAAUGUUUUGUGACCUGGAUAAAGAAAUGAUAGUGGCCAUUUUGAAGGAUUUUGUACAAAAAAAAUUAAAGAACGAUCAUGUAGCCGAGAAACUAGAGCCACCAUGGCGUCUCCAUGGCGACACAGAUACACAACUAGUCAGAGCAGGUUGCUGUCACCACCACUGGCGUACUUGUGCUAGUUCUAUCUGGCAUUUUAUAGUUGCAGAAGGAAAAAAAUGCACAGGAAGAAAGUCGUCAAAGUGAGAAAGAUAAAAACCGGAAAAGGAAAGAAGAGCGAAAAACGGGAGUCCAAAACCGACAAAGACUUUGACCUAGAUAAUGCCAAAGCCAAAGUUACCUUGUGGGAGCUGAAACUUCGACUAACAGAGCAGACUCUUGCGGGAUAUCGCGAGAGCUGCGGCCGGCUGGCACGCGUCAACGAUGACCUUGGCAACAAGCUGGCACAUGCUGAGCGACAAAUCCUUGAAUCCACCGCUCACUGGCAGAGGCUGGAUGCUGCCAAAGAUGAGAAUAUUAAUGCACUUCAUGAUGCGCUCAAAAGUCAAGAGGCGCACGCUCUUGAGCAGCAGAACAAACUGGUUGAACAUUACACGCUUGAAAUCAACGAGAUGAAGGAGUUGUUCAGAAAACGAGCCGGCGAAUUUGAGACGAUACAGGAUGGAAUGAAGACCAUUGAGGAGUUCCAGACGAGAAAAGCCCAAAUGGAGCAGGAGCUCAGUGAUAUAAGAAAAAGCAUGGAGCUCGCUGAGAAGGAGCACAGGGAAAAUCGAAUCGAGAUGGAGUACCGGUUCUUCACAGAAAAGGCUCGAUUGGAGAAGGAUGCUGAGGAAACGAUAGCCCAGAUGGACAAGCAAGCCCACCAUGAAGCCAUUUUACAGCUGGACGACGCCUCGCGCUGUGUGUUCAAGGAAAACGUCCGUCUCAAUGAGACACUGAAGCACCACAUGAAGGAGGCAGAGGAGCUCCACAAACUGGCAAACUCAAUGGCGAAGGAAAACACGGCCCUGGCAGUGGACAAGAAGACACUGGACCUGCUGGCAAAGAAAAACGUAGCCCAGAUGGUGGCCCAAAAAGAAGAGCUGACCCGUUUGAAAGAAAAGAUAGCUUCUUUGGAGAAGAUUCUGGAAGAGAAAAGGGAUGAGCAUGAGCGCCGUGAGGAGAAGAUGCUGCUCAGCUCGCAAGUCGACAAAGCGGAGUUGGAGAAGCUUCAAAGUGUGCUCUCCAUGCGGGAGAAAGAAUUAAAGCAUGCCAAGAAGCUAGCUGGCGCCAUCAUGGAGCAGCGGUCUGAGCUGGAGCGCUUCUUCCAUGAGGCUCUGGCUCUGGUGAAGGAGGAGAUAGCGGCCACUCGGGUUCAGUAUAAAAAAGAGACACAGCAGGCUUAUCAAUGGACGCUCAAACAGGCCACGGCAGGAAAGGUCAAGUUCCCGCCCAUCCGCACCUUCCAGAACACUCCAUAUAGCACCAACUCAGUCUACUCUGACUUGGAAGAAGCUGCACGGUGGAUUCAUCAACCGGGAAGUAAAGUGGAAAUUUCAGAUCUCACUUGGGAGCAAAAGGAACAAGUUCUCCGUCUCCUGUUUGCGAAAAUGAAUAGACAAAGGCCAAGGAGAGCCAACAAUCUGGCGGCAGCCUCGUCCGACAGUCAUGUCGCUGGAGAGGAGCACUGCGCCCUGUCAACCUUCAUUACUCAGGCCCCUGACUCCCUCCUUCCCACCAAUACCAACUGCCUGGCAGAGAAACGCACCACAUGAUCUCCGUGUGGCCUUGCUGUCCAUCAUUAAGUUUUGGAUCGGUCGCCGUAUACCGCAUAGUUAACACGUUAGGUUUGUUUCCCCUCUUACAGUAUUUUGAGCCCUUAAGUGUUGGGUUUGUUCACCCUGUUAAUUUUUUAACAUAGCAAGAUAUUUUGGACUGUUUGCUUUGUGUUCUAUGCUUCCAAAUUUGUGUUUGGAGUUUGGGGAAAGCCCGCCGGAAACAAAAUCCCUCAACCCGACUCAAGUUUAACGGUAACUUUUGGAGUGAGUUAGAGAUUCUAACCGAGCUGACUUUCUGCUUCGUAACCCACAAAAAUAUUAAAUAGGUGAAUUUGUUUCAGGAAAAUAUUGUCAAUUGUUACAUUCUGAGUCAGCUACUCAUGAAUAAUGAAUUGGUGAGCG